AUCACGAUAAUGCUACACGCGAUCCGCACAGCAGAAGAGCAACUCUCUACCUGCUCAACCUCCUCACCACCCUCGUACCAACGGUGAACCUACACGGAACGUCACGUCUCAUAACGUCCAACCUCAACACCAACGGUGAACACACCAUAGCACAGCAGCCAUGACAUCACAAACCUACACGACAACCCUCACGCACUUCACCAACUUCCUAACCUGCUACAUCCACACGCUCCUCUACCUCCGCGCCCUCUACCCACCCGCCACCUUCGCCCCCUCCCGCUUCCACAACACCUCCGUCCACCAGUCCCGACACCCCGCAGUCUGCACCUGGAUCGCCGACGCCGUCUCCGCCGUCCACUCCGAACUCCUCGCCGGCACCGUCGCGAGAAUCGCAAUCGUCAUCUACCACCUCUCUCCCCCUCCUCCUUCACCCCCAGGUGGCAGCAACAGUCCCCAAGGCAAGACGACUGCAGCUCCACAGGGAAGCCCCAAAAUCCUCGAACGCUUCCUGCUCGACGUAUCCCGCUUCCCCGUCAUCUCUCCCCGCGAGCGAGACCGGGAAAUCGACCUCGCGCGCGACCCGCUCAGCCCCUCCUCCCCGGGCGUCUCCCUCUCCAAUCCUUCCUCCUCCAACGACGCCCCUCCGAAAGCGUCUGCGACGCCGCUAGACAAAGACGUCGAAGCCAACCUCUCAGAGCAAUACCGCGCCGCGCUCAUCAGCCUGCACACGCGGUGCGCGCGGCUUGGUCCGCUGCCGAAGGGGUGCGGGUUCAAUGUUAGUAUGGAGUUGAGGGAUGAUGCGGAGGUGGAUCCGCCGAUUGGGGGGAGGGCUGGCGCGGAGCAGGGGGUUUGGAUUCCCGCGCAGGAGAGUCUGCAGAGGACGGGGAGGAAGGGGGCCGCGGGGAGUGGUACUGGUACUGGUACUGGUACUGGGGAGAGCGAGGUAGUGGGGGAGGGAGAGGGUGGGGAUCUCGGGGGUGUGAGGGUCACGCCGAUUAGGACGGUGCAGGCGGGGGUUUUCAAGUUUGAGACGUGGGUUGAGGAGGGGAGGGCGAAGUUUGAGGGCGGGGAUAAGUGAUGUAGAGAUGGCCUUGGGAGCUUGGUCGCAAAGAUGGGAUGAAUGAGGCUAUACUGGUCACCGCGAUGUUACGGUCCUGGUAUCGUCGUCUAGGAUACCCAAUCGCCGCUCCUCCAUAACCGUCGCGACAUGAUGCGGUGCAAAACCCAUGCUCCAUAUUUAUUAUCAUUCCAUCCACUCUUACAAUAGUAGUAAGAUUCGAUACUAAUACUUCUUUAAGCUAGACAAAGGAAUUAAGAACUCCAGG